GCUUCAGGACAGUUUCCCACAGUAUGUUCCUGUGGCAAGAAAAGCAGAUACCCCAGCCAUCAUGCUACCUCUGUGCUCCGUGUGGAUAUGAUCGUGACCACGGUGUGAACCAGGAGUCAGAAUGGAAAGCCCACCCUGCUUGGACCCAGAGCUAGGAAGGAACAUGAGGCCGAGUUUCCUGGCAGAAGCAAAGAGGAAGAGACAAGUCCCGUGGCUGAGCUGUACAAGAAGAAAGCAAGCCUGCGGAGGGCACCCGGCGUUCUCACACUCAGGAAGGCAGGCAGGGGACGGACGAAGAGUUUAAGUGUCCCUGGGCUACACCUGGAGAACCUGUCUCAAAGCAACAAGAAAAGUGUAACAGGAAGAGAAGUAGAAGAAACCAAAUAUUGUCUGCCAUUCAGUCCCUUCCCUGUGGGUAGGGCCCCCUGUGCGAUGGCCUGUUGGAAGUCGCCUCUGCUGUCUGCCAUCUUCCACUCACUCCUGUUCUCGUGGCCUCUUCUGUGAGCUGUGGGAGUUCCUCCCCCAACAUACAUUUCCCACGAUGCUGCAUGACUUUGACACUUGGGGCCCCAGUAGCUGCUGACUGGACCCGGCAGGGCACACACUGGUGACACACUGGUGACAUCAGGCUUCCACAGUGUCUUGAGCGCCUGACAGUGCCUGGAGCCCUGCUUUCCUUUGCAGCUAGCCCCAGCCCUCGACCUCCUGCUUCUCCGAGGACAGGGCCCGUGCACUCCUGGUCUGCCCUCCAUCUCUGGUGGCAUGGAACCCCUUCCCAUGGGCUCUGAUGGCCCUGCUUGGUGACCAGAACAGCUUCACAGUCCCCUGUGGGAUACCCACCCUGGGCGUGCAGGAUCCUUCGUGCCUCGAGGACCUCUCCAAUGCCUCUGUCUUCUCCUCGUCUGUGGAUUCCCUGUCAGAUAUCCCAGACACACCCGACUUCCUGCCGGCCGACAGCCUCAACGAGGUGCCUACCAUCUGGGAUGUCAGCACCACCUCCACCACCCGUGACAAGCUGUUCCUACCGAGUGUGCCAUUCUCGGCUCUGGAAGACCCGGUGACCACAGUUUCCAGCACCCCGCUUCUCGUCAGCUAUCAGUCACACAGCCAGCCUGAGGAGGAGGAAGGCGAAGACGAGGAGGAGGCUGAGGAACUGGGCCAUGCUGAGACCUAUGCCGACUAUGUACCUUCCAAGUCCAAGAUUGGAAAGCAGCACCCAGACCGUGUAGUGGAGACCAGCACACUCUCCAGCGUUCCGCCCCCAGACAUCACCUACACCCUGGCACUACCCACCUCAGACAACGGGACCCUGUCUGCCCUACAGCUGGAAGCCAUCACCUAUGCCUGCCAGCAACACGAGGUCCUGCUGCCCAGUGGGCAGCGUGCUGGUUUCCUGAUUGGGGAUGGGGCCGGCGUGGGCAAGGGCCGCACGGUGGCUGGCAUCAUAGUGGAGAAUUACCUGCGGGGCCGGAAGAAGGCUUUGUGGUUCAGUGCCUCCAAUGACCUCAAGUAUGAUGCAGAACGGGACCUGAGAGACAUCGAGGCCCCCGGCAUUGCAGUGCAUGCACUAAGCAAGGUGGGCUGGGCACAGGGGGCUGAAUCCAGACCCCUGAGCAAGGAAGGAACUGAGGCAGGGGCAUCCCUGAACACAUCCCCUUGUCUGAACCUGUGUCCACAGAUCAAGUACGGUGACAACACUACCUCAGAGGGUGUCCUCUUUGCCACCUACUCUGCCCUGAUUGGAGAAAGCCAGGCAGGUGGGCAGCAUCGCACACGCCUACGCCAGAUCCUGCAGUGGUGUGGAGAGGCCUUUGAUGGUGUGAUUGUGUUUGACGAGUGUCACAAAGCCAAGAACGCCAGCUCCACCAAGAUGGGCAAGGCCGUGCUGGACCUGCAGAACAAGCUGCCCCAGGCCAGGGUGGUGUAUGCCAGCGCCACAGGCGCCUCUGAGCCCCGCAACAUGAUAUACAUGAGCCGCUUGGGCAUCUGGGGCGAGGGCACACCCUUCCGGACCUUCGAGGAGUUCCUGCAUGCCAUUGAGAAGAGGGGCGUGGGUGCCAUGGAGAUCGUGGCCAUGGACAUGAAGGUCAGUGGCAUGUACAUCGCCCGCCAGCUCAGCUUCUCAGGGGUCACAUUCCGAAUCGAGGAGAUCCCACUGUCUCCUGUCUUCGAGCAGGUCUACAAUCGGGCAGCCCGGCUGUGGGCCGAGGCCCUGAGUGUGUUCCAGCAGGCGGCUGACUGGAUUGGUCUGGAGUCUCGGAAGUCCCUGUGGGGUCAGUUCUGGUCCGCACACCAGCGCUUCUUUAAAUACCUGUGCAUUGCGGCCAAGGUGCACCGGCUGGUGGAGCUGGCACAGCAGGAGCUGAGCAGGGACAAGUGCGUGGUCAUCGGGCUGCAGUCCACAGGGGAGGCGCGGACCCGAGAGGUGCUAGAUGAGAAUGAGGGCCGCCUGGACUGCUUCGUCUCUGCAGCAGAAGGCGUCUUCCUGUCCCUGAUCCAGAAGCACUUCCCUUCCACCAGGAGGAGGCGUGACCGGGGAGGAGGAAAGAGGAAACGGCGGCCUCGGGGCCGUGGUCCCAAGGCUUCCAGACUGACACUGGAGGCAGCAGGAGUUAUCCGUAUUAGUGAUGGCAGCAGCACAGAGUCAGAUGCUGGCCUGGAUAGCGACUUCAAUUCAUCCCCAGAGUCUCUGGUAGAUGAUGAUGUGGUCAUCGUAGACGCCCCCACGCUCCCCACAGAUGACCGAGGUCCCCUGUACCCACUUCAGAGAGACCUACAGGGCCCUGGUGUCCUGGAGCGGGUGGAACGGCUGAAACAGGGCCUGCUGGCCAAGGUGCGAGCACUGGGCCGGGAGCUGCCUGUGAACACAUUGGACCAGCUCAUCCACCAGCUUGGGGGCCCGGAGUGUGUGGCCGAGAUGACUGGCAGGAAAGGCCGAGUGGUAUCGAGGCCCGACGGGUCAGUGGUCUUUGAGUCCAGAGCAGAGCAGGGCCUGUCCAUCGACCAUGUGAACCUCAGGGAGAAGCAGCGUUUCAUGAGCGGCGAGAAGCUCGUGGCUAUUAUCUCUGAGGCCUCCAGCUCUGGUGUCUCCCUCCAAGCCGACCGGCGAGUCCAGAACCAGAGACGCCGGGUGCACAUGACCUUGGAGCUGCCUUGGAGCGCAGACCGAGCAAUUCAACAGUUUGGCCGCACCCACAGAUCCAACCAGGUCUCAGCGCCCGAGUAUGUCUUCCUUAUCUCCGAGCUGGCAGGGGAGCGCAGGUUCGCCUCCAUUGUGGCCAAGCGGCUGGAGAGUCUGGGUGCUCUGACCCACGGAGAUCGACGGGCCACUGAGUCCCGGGACCUGAGCAAGUAUAACUUCGAGAACAAGUAUGGCGCCCGUGCGCUCAGCCGUGUCCUUGCCACAAUCAUGGGCCAGACAAACAACAGGGUGCCCCUGCCCCAGGGCUAUCCAGGAGGGGAUGCUGCCUUCUUUCGGGACAUGAAGCAGGGCCUGCUGUCUGUGGGCAUCGGUGGCCGGGAGUCACGCUCUGGCUGCUUGGAUGUGGAGAAGGACUGCUCCAUCACCAAGUUCCUGAACCGCAUCCUUGGGCUGGAGGUGCACAAGCAGAAUGCGCUGUUCCAGUAUUUCUCCGACACGUUUGACCAUCUCAUCGAGAUCGACAAGAAGGAGGGCAGAUACGACAUGGGCAUUCUGGACCUGGCCCCCGGCAUCAACGAGAUACAUGAAGAGAGCCAGCAGGUGUUCCUGGCACCCGGGCACCCACAGGACGGGCAGGUGGUCUUCUACAAGAUUAGCGUGGACCGCGGUAUGAAGUGGGAAGAGGCAUUCACUAGGUCGCUGGAGCUAAAAGGCCCCUAUGACGGCUUCUACCUCUCCUACAAGGUACGAGGCAGCAAAACGAGCUGCCUUCUGGCAGAACAGAAUCGAGGCGAUUAUUUCACCGUGUACAAGCCAAACAUUGGCCGGCAGAGCCAGCUGGAGACCCUGGACAACCUGUGCCGGAAGUUCCACCGGGUCACCCCGGAAGAGGCACGGGAACCCUGGGAGAGCAGCUAUGCGCUGUCGCUGGAGCACUGCAGCCACACUACCUGGAACCAGCGCUGUCGACUGGCACAGGAGGGCAAGUGCUGUGCCCAGGGCCUGCGCCUCCGCCACCACUACAUGCUGUGCGGGGCGCUGCUGCGCGUGUGGGGCCGCAUCGCUGCUGUCAUGGCGGACGUCAGCAGUAGCAGCUACCUACAGAUCGUGCGCCUCAAGACCAAGGACAAGAAGAAGCAAGUGGGCAUCAAGAUUCCGGAGGGCUGCGUUCACCGCGUACUGCAGGAACUGCAGCUCAUGGAUGCAGAAGUGAAGCGCCGCAGCGCUCAUGGGUUGGCUGCGCGCCCGCCUACUCCUCGUGCGAUUACGCUUCCAUGCGGUCCUGGUGAGGUGCUGGACUUGACCUACAGUCCCCCGGCCGAGCCUUUCCCAGCGCCUCCACGCUUCGCCUUCCCUUCGUUGCCACCCCCAGACCCCAGCUCUCUGAUGCUGGGUACCAGGGACAACGCUACCAACCCUGUGGAGCUGGCACACCAGGGCUGCGACAUCAAUUUCAGGGAAGUGCUGGAGGACAUGCUCCGCUCUUUGCGCGCGGGGCCCACUGAGACCCCUGCGCCUCUGGUGGGCGUGGGCGGCGGCGGCGGCGGUGGCGGCACAGAGCGGCAGAGCGUUAUCCACUUCAGCCCACCCUUCCCAAACUCUUAGGCUGCUACAUCAGCCUCUGGAUUACACUGCACUGGGCAGUAAGGCCUAUGGGCUCCUCUGCUAGCAGGGGUUCCCAUGACUACUGAGGGUGACUGGCCACGGUGCCUUCCCAACCAGUGGGGCGUGGGGCCCCUGUGCUUCCCCUGCUACAGCCGUGCCCAGCCUAGAAGCCGUGGGGCUUGGUUGUCCCAGAGAGCUGGUAACUCAGGAAAUCGGUGCUCGGGCCCCGCUGGCUAUGGGGGCUCCACGGGGUAGACCCCGUUAAUAUAUGCAAUCCCCUGCCCCCUAAAUUAUUGUCACCUGCCCCUCCCCAGCCCCUGAAUCUGUGGGCAGCCGGCAGGCCCUGGUUUCUAUGUAUUUAUAACGAACUGUGUACAUAUGUAAAGACCUUUUCUAAAAUAUACGUGCCUUUGCCUA